GAAGAACGAGAUGCGCUGGUCUCGCUGCAAGCAUUGCGGCUCUCAGUGGACCCCGUUCCAGCCAUACACGCCCUCCUCCUUCGGCACGCCUGGUGGAGUCUGGUCAGCUGGCUUCAGUGGCAGCCUGCCGUUCUCCCCUUUUGCUGCUGCUCAAGGGCCUCCAGGCACCUUCGCGCUCGGCGACAAUGGUGGAGGCAAAGGUGGCAAGUCACCAGGCGGUCCAGUCAAGCCAGAGUCCCUUCUCUCUCGGGAAGAGCAUGCGUCUUUGGCGGAGUUGCUGGCCAAGUCUGGCGACGCGCUGGGAGCGGCCAAGCAUCGUGAGCUGGCCAAGCCUCCACCUGCGGUCAAGGAGCCCACCCUGCAGCACCAGGUCUCCAUGGCCCACAGCAAGCUGCGCGGCCUCGAGAGGAAGUUGCAGGGCGCUGUUCAGAGGUACGAGGAGUGGUCGGCGCAGAUGGUGGAGCAGCGUGCAUUGGUCACCAAGUCCACUGAGGAGUGCGAGCAGGCCGACGCUGAGCAUCGUCGACUUGUGGCCGCCCUACAUGCUCAGACGUCAGCGGCUGACUUGCAGAAGGAGCCAGUUGACAAAGCCGUGCCAUGUUCGCUGUCUUCGAUCAUGGACGGGUCCUUCACCGACAAGCUGGUCAUCGACCCCUCGGAGCUGCUCGGUGGCGUCGAGGAUUUCGAGCUCUCGGAGGCUGACAAGGAGGAGCUCGAGAAGAGGGGCAACCAGCUGCGAGAGGGCAUCCAAAAGUUGGCACAGCGUCUUUUUCGCGCAGGAAGACUGACGAAGGUGCAGCUCCUGGCGAUGACGGAGGUGGUGGUGCUGAGGCAGCCGCAGCCGAUUCUGCCACUGGUCCUGCGGCAGCAGCAGCGCAGCCUACGGAGGUGGAUGCUGAAGCUACCGCUUCUGCUGCUCUACGCCAGCGG